AUGUCAAAGCAGCUAGAUCUUUUGACCACUCAACUGGGGAUCAUGGAGAUGAGACAACCUGGACCAGAACUGCAAGGAGGAGUUGAAGGUGUCAACUAUGUGCACCAAGGAGGGAAUAACAUGAACAUCAACAACUAUCGCCCCAACCAAGGUGGUGGUAACUAUAACAACUAUGGUAAUAAAGUGCAUCCCAAUCUCUCAUAUGAGAAUCCAAACAAUGCUCUGCAACCACUGCCAGGAUUCACAAUGUCUAAUAGGUUGAUAGAACAACAGAAAAAGCCUAAUAUUGAAGAUAUCUUGGCAGCAUUCAUGAAUCAGACUACCAAGUACAUGGAGAAAACUGACAAGUACAUGGAGAGCACUAGUCAAAGGUUGGGGAAGGUUAAAAACGACGUGCAAAGCUUGAAUGUGCAUAUGAAGAGCAUUGAUACUCAGAUUAGUCAAAUUUCUCAAGUUGUAGGUGUCCAACAUCAGCCAGGGCAAUUUCCAGCACAGACCAUAAACAAUCCCAAAGAUUGCAAGGCCAUACACUUGAGAGGUGGUAAAAGCUAUGAAGGACCUUCCAUGCCUGUAGAGGAAAAGAAGAGUAUUCCAGAGGAAGAUGUCAGAGCAGAAGAGAAUUCCAAGGGAAAGAAUAAGGUGGAAAUUCGGACCAAGAAAGACGCAGUGCCAGAAAAGCUGCCCUCUCCCCCCAUUCCUAUGACAGUUAGAGUGCCCUUCCCAUUUGCGGUGAAGAAGAAGAAGUUGGAUGAGCAAUUCUCCAAAUUUCUCGAUAUUUUUAGGAAGGUGCACAUUAAUAUACCAUUGGUGGAAGCUCUGCAAGAGAUGCCUACGUAUGCAAAGUUCCUAAAAGAUGUGCUCUCCAAGAAGAAGAAGUGGAUUGAUUAUGAGACGGUGAACAUAUCUGAAAACUGUAGUGCGAUAAUUCAAAAGAAGCUAUCUGCCAAGCUUAAAGAUCCUGGGAGUUUCAAUAUCUCAUGCGUCAUUGGAAAUGACAGACAGACAAAGGCACUGUGUGAUCUGGGGGCGAGCAUAAAUUUGAUGCCAUUAUCAUUUUUCAGAAAGAUGAAGAUCGACACUCUCAAGCCGACUACAAUCACACUACAGAUGACACAUAGAUCAGUUACCUAUCCUAAAGGAAUUGUUGAGGAUGUUCUGGUGAAGGUACACGACUUCAUAUUUCCCGUCGAUUUUGUAGUGUUGGAUAUGGAGGAAGACAUGAAUGUGCCGCUUAUCCUAGGGCGCCCAUUCCUAGCAACGGGAAAAAAAUUGAUAGAUAUAGCAAAGGGAGAGCUCACUCUUCGUAUGGGCAACAAACGACACAUUUUGUCUAUCUAUAAUGCUAUGAAGAGUCGUGAAGAUGAUGAACUUGUUAUGAAGAUGGAGUGCAAAGCUGUGUAUGUUGCGAAGGUCCAAAAGACACAAGCAAUUGAGUCCGCAUUGGGGGAUUUUUCAUUGUCACGAUGGAUGUUUGGUUCAUGUGGUGGAUCACUUUCUAAAGAAGAGACUGCACCAAAUUCUGACGUGAAGGAGAAGAAAACAAAAGCUGCAAAUUCACCCAAAGUGGAAAUCAAAAUUUGUGAUGGAGCUUUGAAAACUACUUGGUGGAAGAAGAGAUUGGCUAGAUCAUAUGCUUCCAAGAUUGAUAAAAAAUCCAACACCACCAUUUAUGGCGUGACAUGA